AAAUGCAAGUAUUACUUGAUCGUCAGCUUCAUGAUUAUCUUUCAUUUAUUUUAACUGAAUUAUGCGAAGAAAAAAAAGAAAAUAUGAAUAUUAUUGACGAUUUAGUAAUUAAUCAAAGUGCUAGAAUAAGCAAUCAAAAACAAUGUUGUGAAUGUGAUAAAACUGAAAUUGAAAAUUCUAAGCGUAAAUGUCCUCAAUGUCAUGCGAAACUUCCUACACUUGCUGAAACUUAA